CUUUUCACAGGUGUGCGAGUUCCUCCAUGGAGAAAACACGACUCUUGUAUGGGACAAUGAGCAACAGGUGCCAUUCGCCUACAGGAAAGACCAAUGGGUUGGAUUUGAUGACGAACGAUCCCUCAAAACAAAGAUGACGUGGUUGAAGGAAGAAGGCUUCGGAGGCAUAAUGGUGUGGUCCGUAGAUAUGGAUGACUUCCGUGGAUCAUGCGGCACCGGAAAGUUCCCUCUGAUGAAUGCCAUGCGACAGGAACUGGAAGGAUACACGGUCAAACUCGAGUAUGACGGUCCGUUCGAGAGCUCACACCCAUCGAGCAGUGCUUACACGACGAAAGAUCGUGAGUAUAAUCAGAUAUUAGAGAAUCAGAAUCAAAUUAGAAUCAGAGAUAGAGUAUUAUUUUCUCUAUGGAGAAAGUAGGAGAUCAUGGAAAUC